UUUGAAAAAGAUACUUAAUAGAGUUAGAGAAUAUAGGUUUCAGUUCUUGACUUGCUCAGUGAUGAUAGACCAAGAAAUGAUUUUGGAGGAGGAUCAGUUCCUGAACCACAUGUUGCAUUUUCUGUAGAAGGUCUUGGUAAGAUUGGAAUGAUAACUCCUGCCCAUUCACCAAGAUUUCAAGAUAGGAAUUUACCUCGACCACCAAAGGUCUCAAGGUGGAUCCAUUCUUUAGGGGAACAUGAGUCUGUUCAUGGAGGCCUAGGGUUCAAAUUGGAUACCAUGAUAAAUGACAUCAAAAUGUCAACAGAUGGAGGCUCACCAGAAUCAUUACACAUUUCAAACAUCAUGCUUGAUGAGCUGGAGAAUAUGGAAAACACAAUGUUCAGAAAACAUCGUAUUUCUACAGAUUUCUUUAGUGAUCAGUUUUAUAGUUCUGAAAGUGAUGGAAAAUAUACUAGGUCUUAUGCAGAUCGUCAAAGGAAACAGCAAUAUGAUGUUAGGCUUUGGCCUCUUAGAUGAAAAAUUCCAUGAUCAAAUGAACUAUGACGCAUGGAAGAAGAAACCAUUUCAUGCAGAUGGCUGUCUUUCUCUUUUCCCAGAAGCUAAAAGAACUGUAGUAAACCCUGAAGACCCCUUUUUAGAUAACUUCAGGACUGGAACAAGCAUAGAUAAAAGCUUUGACUUUUCAGGUGGCUUUCAGAAUUCAGCACCAUUGACCUCAGAUUUCAGACAGUUAACAGCAGAAAGAGUGAAUUCUGCAACUAAUAGUAGUGCUAACUUUGAGACAACCAUUGAUCCUCAUGCUUGGUCUUUCACUGGAAAGGAAGAUCUGCAUGACAGCUUCAGUUUAUUCAGUGAAGAGUCAUGCUCAUCCACAGCGGUUGGAGAGGAAAGGAGUUAUGAAUUUGAAUCUCAGUCGAUUGGAAUUGGAAGUAGACACAGUAAUUUUUAA